AUGAAGUUUCUUCUUACAUAUGCCGUUUUCGCCAUCGCUGCUAGCUUGAUCUACGGCCAGUGCGAUUAUGACGAUGAAUUUAACUGGAGAGCGUACAAGAAAAAUUUCGAUAAAAGCUACACAGGUGCUGAGGACGCCAAACGCAAAGUCAAUUUCAAAAAGGCUAAUGAUUUCAUCAAGAAGCACAAUGCUAAUUCUAGUGUUUCCUUCAAGGUGGAUCAUAACGAGCUCAGUGACUUGACUGAAGAUGAAUUUGCCCAACGACUUGGCCUGAAAGGCGUUCCCCAAGCAAGAGGAGAUUUUGCCAUUUUUAGCGCCGGUGAGGAUCGCCAAAUUCCUCCUGCGGGUGUACGUGUAUCUAUGAAUUUUUACGUUACAAGUGAAAUCCUUAUUCAGAUGUUGGACUAUCGUAAUGACAAUUGCAUGCCGCCUAUCAAAAAUCAAGGAGCGUGCGGAAGCUGCUGGGCUUUUGCUGCCACCACUCCACUUGAAUUUGCCAAGUGCAAGAAAGACAAGACGAGUAUCAUUUUGAGCGAACAACAGUUGGUCGACUGCGAUAGAAGCAGUUCAAAUAAUGGAUGCAAUGGCGGUUUUUACUCAACCGCUUGGAAAUAUUACAUGGCGGUCGGUGGAGUUGCGAAACAAUUUCUGUAUCCUUACGCUGGCGCAAAUAACACUUGCAAGUUCACUACGAGCAUGGUCGCAGCCAAAGUCUCUAGCUACACAAACAUCCAAGCCAAAAACGUCACAGCUAUGCAGUUGGCUAUCCAGAAGAAUGACCCUGUUCCUGUUGCCAUCAGCGUCACUAGCUCUUUCCAGUUUUAUUCAUCUGGCGUUUACAAAGAUGCGGCAUGCAAUAAUAUUGGUGUCAAUCACGCGGUAGCAGCCGUCGGCUGGGGCGUGCACAAUGGAAUAAACUAUUGGAUCAUUCGUAAUUCGUGGGGACCCAGGUGGGGACAAAAGGGGUACAUACUGAUGCAGCGCGGUGUCAAUCUUUGCAAGGUGGAAGAUUUUGCUUAUUAUGCUAUUACUGUAUAA